AUGCCGGGAUCGAUGGAAGUUCCCGACGUGGGUGACGUCUCCACGGAGGAGCCGAGCAAGACGGCGCUGCGUCCGGAGCCCACGACGGCGGCGCCGACCGCUGCGCCUGCUGCCCCUGCUGCACCGGCCGCUACCACUGCGGCACCUGCAGCGUCAACCUCUGGCAGCAGCAGCUUGCAGAGCCAGGAGGCCCAGGCCAAGCGUGCUGAGGAUGUGUCGGGCAGCUCGGGCGCUGGUACGUCCGCCUUGUUCACGGUGGUGGGCGUUGCUGGCUGUGCUGCCGUUGUCGCCAUCGUCGCGUACAUGAAGAAGCAGAACCACGAGACGGAGGCCACGGGCCCGAACGGCGAGCGGAUGUCUGGGGCUACGGCGGAGGGAGCUCGCACCUCGGAGGACAGCGUGUACAACGACCCGCUGGGCACGCGCUACUCCAGCAUUGUCAUGAUCACGCCCAAUGGCGACGGCGUGUGCAUCUUGUAG